AAAUAAGACAAAUGAUCAAAUAUGUGUUUAAAAGUUAACGGCGCCAUAUGUUAAAAAACGGAGGGAGUAAUAAAUUUGAUGUGUACAAAGAUACGUUCACAUUGCCUACCUCUAUAUAUACAUACGAUGAGUCCGCCAUGUAGAGGUGCAAGUGUGCAAGUGCAACCACACGCCAUGGCCAAGACCAAGCUCUUCCCCGCCCUCUUCUCCCUCCUCCUCCACGGCGGCGCCGCCACAUUGCCGCCGCCGCGUGUUCCCGCCGUGACCGUCCACGGGUGCACGCCUCCCGCGGCGCGGCUCUCCGCCGGCGGCGAGAAGACGGUGACGAUGGUCGUCGACGUCGAGGGCGCGCUGCUCCGCUCGUCGUCGUCGCGCUCGCUCUUCCCCUACUUCAUGCUGGUCGCCGUCGAGGCCGGGAGCUUCCUCCGCGGCCUCCUCCUCCUCCUCCUCUACCCCGUCAUCUCCCUCCUCGCCGGCGCCGGCGGCGGCGACGUGGCGGUGAGGGCCAUGGCGGCGGUGGCGUUCUGCGGGCUGCGCGAGUCGCGGUUCCGCGCCGGCCGCACCGUGCUGCCGCGGUGGCUCCUCGACGACGUCGGGAAGGAGGCGGUCGACGCCAUCGUCACACUCACACGGCGGCGUUCGUCGCCGGCGGCGACGGCGACGGUGGUGUGGGCGAGCAGCAUGCCGAGGGUGAUGGUGGAGCCGUUCUUGAGAGAGUACAUGGCGGCGGCGGAGGGAGGAGGCGAGGUGGUGGUGGCGGCGAGGGAGAUGAAGGUGGUGUGGGGGUUCUACACUGGGGUCAUGGAGGACGGUGGCGAGGUGGCGGCGGCGUCGCCGGAGGUGAGGAGGGCGAUGGAAGGGGUCGAUGACGUCGUUGGUUUCUCGGGAGGAUCCAUGGAUUUGCUCCGGAGUCCUUUGGUGUCAUUUUGCAAGGAGGUGUACGUGGUGAGCCACGAGGAGAAGAGCAAGUGGCGGCCAUUGCCGCGGCGGCGCGAGUACCCUCGCCCCCUCGUCUUCCACGACGGCCGCCUCGCCUUCCUCCCGACGCCGCUCGCCGCCGCCGCCAUGCUCGUCUGGCUCCCCUUCGGCGCCGCCCUCGCCGCCACCCGCCUCGCCGUCGCGCUCGCCCUCCCCUACCGCCACGCCACGCUCCUCCUCGCCGCCACCGGCCAGUCCUGGCGCCUCAGGGGCUCGCCCCCGCCCACGCCCACGCCGCCGCCGCGGCGCGCCACCGGCGAGCGGCGGCGCGGGCAGCUCUACGUGUGCAACCACCGCACGCUGAUCGACCCGGUGUACGUGUCCAUCGCGCUGGACCGCCCCGUGCGCGCCGUGUCGUACAGCCUCAGCCGCGUCUCCGACCUCCUCUCCCCGAUCGGCGCCACCGUGCGCCUCGCCAGGGACCGCGCCCACGACGGCGCCGCCAUGGCGCGCCUCCUCGAGGCGGGGGCCCACGUCGUCGUCUGCCCCGAGGGGACCACCUGCCGGGAGCCGUACCUGCUGCGGUUCAGCCCGCUGUUCGCGGAGCUCGCCGACGGCGUCGUGCCCGUGGCGCUCGCCGCCGAGGCGGCGGCGUUCCACGGCACGACGGCCGGCGGGUGGAAGUCCAUGGACGCGCUGUGCUACCUGGCCAACCCGAGGAUGUGCUACACGGUGGAGUUCCUCCCCGCCGUCGACGCGUCGCCGGUGAGGGAGGGGAAGGCGGCGAGCACCGAGCUGGCCAACGCCGUGCAGCGGCGGGUGGCGGAGGCGCUCGGGUACGAGAGCACCAUGCUCACCAGGAAGGACAAGUACCUCAUGCUCGCCGGCAACGACGGCGUCGUCCGCCGCCGCGGCGACGUCGGCGCCAAGUAAUUUACUACUUCCUCCGUCCCAAAAUAAAUAUGCAGCUGUGGAUAUUCAUGUUCAACAUUUAACCAUCCGUCUUAUUUAAAAAGUUUAUAAAAAAAUUAAAAAAUUAGUCAUACAUAAAGUACUAUUCAUGUUUUAUCAUCUAAUAACAACAAAAAUACUAAUCAUAAAAAUUUUCAAAUAAAACGAACGAUCAAACAUUAGACAUGAAUAAUACAGAAUUGCACUUAUUUUGGGACGGAUGAAAUAAUUUUUUUUAAAAAAAAGAAUCGAGCGUCAGUAUGCUUCGCUGACAAGGGGAUGGCCCACGUGUCAGUGAAUCGAGGAGUAUGGUACCAGUGAUAGAUAUACUGAUAUACAUAUAUAGAGGCGUAUGAGAAGAGAGAAGUAAAAAAAUACAAUAAAUACUGGAAACAUUAUUGUAAAUAUACACUUUGUUUUAUUCUUUUUAUAUUUCUUGUUUGGUCAUGGAUUUGUUUCAAUUUUUGUAAAAUGUAGAACGGUGCUAUGUGAUGUGUAGUUUCCCAUAGUUUGUAAUGUUGAACUACUGGAUGGUUGAAGCUGUUGUAUUUUGUCCAACUUUCACAUGAAGCCUGGUUAAAUAAUAAAUAAAGAAAAGGGUAACAAAACAUUUUUCAUGCA